AUGCCUCCUCGAAGACAAACGUACUACAUGAAUAUGGGCAAGAGUUUUAUGCCCAGGUUCUGGGGUCCACUUGGUCUCUGGAAUCCCGAAGAUCCAAGUAUAGUCGCAGCUCAAGAUAUGGUUCUGGCGCAUCUUCAUACAGCCCACGAUGAUAUACAAGAUAGAUGGAUAGAAGAAGGGCUCGACCCUUCGACUCUCCUCAAAUCCAGGGUCAAGAAAGCUGAGCUAAAAACUAGGUUUAUUGAGGCAAGCGCACAGCUUCCUCCAGCAGUGCGAAGUCUAGAUCCCCAGAUCGCAGCUGAUUAUCUAUGGGAUCUAUACUCGUAUUACAGGCACCACGAGCCCUUGAACUGGGGAUUGGGAGGCCCCCCCAUUGGGCCUUUUCAAGCUAAGCAGUGGCGUCCACUGGGUCUCUGGAAUCCCACCAAUGAUCCCACCAUCCGCGCAGCCCAAGACAUGGUCCUAGCGCAUAUUCAUACAGUCCAUGAUCGGGUGCUAGGUGGCUGGGUGAGCUCAGGAAGGGAACCGCGCUUUUUCCUUGUUACACUCGACAACCUACUCGCACUCAAAUCCGGGUUCAUCGAUCCGGCAGCACAGCUCCCACAAUCCAUUCGGGAUCUUCAACCAGACGAAGCAUCCGAGGCUAUGUAUGUGCUGUAUCGGAAUAUUAGGGAUCGUAACCCCCGUGAGUGGGGAGUGAACCAUACCGAACGGUUGGCACCUCAAUUUUGGGCUCCUCUCGGUCUUGCGAACCCCAAUAAUGAUCCGGCUAUUGCUGCAGACCAAGCUAUGGUUAUGACGCAUUUGCAUACAGUUCACGAUAGGUUUCAUGGCCCCUGGGUGAGUUUGGGAAAUACCCUGCCGAGUUUCCUUAUAGCAAGGGCUAAUCAAGACAAGCUAAAAGCUGGGCUCGUCGAUUCGGCAGCACAGCUCCCAGCAUCAGUGCGGAAUCUUGAUCCCGAGGCAGCAUCCACAGCUCUAUUUGAGCUUUAUCAUUUUUACAGACAAUAUGAGCCCCUGGACUGGGGACUGCCACCUGGUAAGCAACCAUCCAUGCCAAGGCUACUCAAAAUGCACAAGGCUGCCGUAAGUAAAGAAGGAGGAGGAGGAGGCCCGGAGGCCCCCGCAGUCCCCGAAGUCGAGAUGGGAGAAGCAGAGGAAGAAGCAGAAGAGGCUGCAGUGCGGAAAUAUAUAGGCGGUUGGCUCCAAGAGCAUCCCUAG